AUGCCAGUGCUCUUGGUAUCCGCCGGUUGCUGUGCUGCGGCCUUCGGCUACAGAGCCCUCUACAUUAAAAUCCGCGGACCCCACAAGCCGGCUCCUGUCCGGGUGGACUUCACUCUGCAGAAUCUCAACACAGACCAGGCUUUUGCCGUCAUUCGGAAUCCCCGCCUUCUUGAUGAAACGACGCCGUUCUGGUUUCGUUUGAUAAUUCGCAAGAAGUCCCAGGAGGACAUCGAGGACUUCUUGGCGAAAUCCGAGCCGCAGCUCCUCAAGGAGCAGAAAAGCCAGCUGGAGUUGCCCCUCUUCUUCAACUACUGGAUGCUAGCAUUCGUCGUCCCGUUCCCUUGGACCAGCAAAGUUACCCAGUGCGAGAGAUGUAACAGCUCGGGCGUCGAUUACCAACUGACUUACGAACAAGCCAUCGGGCCGUUCUUUGGUGGCUUCGUGCAUACCCACCUGGUCAAAACAAGUCCAGCGGGGGGCAGCCUGGUGGAGGACACGAUCGAGUUUGAUGUCACCUCGGAGCCGCUUGUGAACAACAUCACUUGGUUCGUCCUGGACUUCCUGCUUCGGGGCCGAUGUGAGAACCUUAACCGCAGUCACGGUGGCAGAAUCCUGAAUUAA